AUGGGGACGCCUCUUCUGUCUCCGAGUAGCUCGCUUCUCUCUAAACGUCAGCGAGAGACCGCGACCGAAAGUUCUCGAGUGGAGGCGGCCAAGAAAGCCCGUCGCGAUGAGACUGACGAGACCGCCCGAGCGGCGGAAGGUCAGGAUAAUGUUCCCCAAGUAAGUAUCCCCGGAGUGGCGACGUCUGGGUCUGGAGCUGUGCUGCCCACCUCUUCUGCCGCAUCGGGGGCAGUUCCGGAGACUUUGAAGGGCGCCCCUCCGCAAUCUGGCGUGAGGUCACAGACAGGAGUUCUAGCGGCCUCUGUGCCCGCAUCAGGAGGUGCGGUUGAGAAAGUGAUCUCCAUUCUUUCUGACGAAGAGGUGGAGGCUGGAGAUGAAGAGGGGCCCACAGGCUCAGCUGAUCCUGCCCAUGAAGUCGCUGGCAAAGAGGAUCCUCCUUCUUGGGCGAGUCGCUCGUCUGGGGAGACGGGUGAAUCUGAGGAGGAUGACGACAUCUCGGUUCAUGAGACGUUAUCCAGUGAGGAAGAGGUGUUAGCUUGUGAGGAUGCGCCCAGCCAAAUAGAGAGAUCUCCUGCUCCUGCGGAAGCGUCGGCUGGGGAUCGUCCAUCAACAUGA